AAGCACGUUAGAGAUGUGGCCUCUUCAAGAGGGACUGACUGGUACCCAGGGCUUGAGGAGGCGGCAUUCCUAACCCGGGGAGACAGGAAAAAGCAGAGAGCCCUCAAGUGUAGUUAACACUGUGCCAGUGGCCCUCUUCCAAGCUGCCUCCUCCUCUUGCACCAGCUCUUCUUAAUGAAGAAAACAAGCACAGUAAAACAGACCUAGCCUACUGCAGCCCAAGAAACGAAGAUUUUCACAGUGAUAACUGGGUUUGCAGGAGCAACCGCCUGCUACCCUGCACACAUUCUGUGCUGAAGCCCUGAGGUUGGUUGUGAAAGACACGCGCUUCACUGUCUGCAACCAUGAAGAGGAUGGACAGAAACAUGGCGAGGGGACCACUGUACAAGCAGUUCGACUCGGAGAGGAAGAAUGCCAGGCGAGCUGAAGCCAGACUCAGCCUGAGCCUGCAAAGGCUAGAGGUCAUCUGCCUCUACCACGUGAAGACGCUGGCCAGGGAGCAGAGACAGCUUCAGAAAGAACUGCAGCGGUUGCAGCAAGAUAUCAUCAAGAAAAGGUUCUCCUCUUAUGCCAAGAAUGGAAUUCAGAAGAGACCAAGAGAUUCUCUCACGUUCUCACCACAAACAGGACAGAGGCACGUAGCCACGCAGUCUAAAAUCAGGAUACCGCCAACCAAUAUGACCCAAGAAGCUAAAACUAAGAUUCAUGGGCCCUCUUUACCUGACACUGCCCUCAAAGCUGCCCCGAGAAGCCAGGAUCACCUGCAAUCCCAGCGUGACAGCACCAGCUGCUACAAGGAAGAGUAUUCAGGAGCCCAGGAGGGAGAGUCUGCGAAACCACUUAAGGGCACGGACUCAAACAGAAAUGUCCCUGUCCCGUGUCAUGGUCAAGAGGUUUCCAUCAACAAUACAGAAGACAGCCCUGUGUCCAGCCCAGAUGGUGCGAAGGGGUUGGCACCUGCAGAUGAGACUAGAUCAAAAAAUGCCGAUCCAAAGCCCCACGAGGAUGCUGGGGAGCAAAAUGCCCCAUGCUCUGUGGAAUGUGCAGGAAGCUUCAACGGCAAGUGCGCAGAGUCAACCUUCCUCGAGCUGUUGGCAAAGGCCAAAGAGGCCCACUAUCUCCGCCACAGGGUGCCCCCCGAGUCCGAGAGGAUGCUUAGCAUUGGGGAGAUAUUUGGACAUGGAGACGCCUCACUACCCAGAGCAGGGGAAAAACUGUGAAAAUGGUACCAAGUUUCUUCCUACCUGGCUGUGAAAUGUAGUUUGACAAUAAGAUACCAUAAUCGCUAAGGAAUGUGACCCUCAAAUAGCUGCGAUAAGCAAGGCACAGAAAGAAAUAAGCAGAAAUCCAAGACAACUUUCUUCUGCAUCCUUAGGGCCUCCUGUCCUUUUAUAUGAUCUUUUUCAGAAUAAACUUGCUCAUAAUAAAGGCUACUAUGAAAGGGGGGGAAUAUUUGAAAAUACUUUAAAUUGAGAGCCUGAACUUGCUUUGAUGGAAACAAAGUCUUGUUUAUCCAAAGAUCCGUCUCAUAGAGGUGCUGCUUAUAGCGCCACCUGUUGGCCAAUCGGCACAGCUAGUCACCGUGUUUUCCUUUCUUUUAGGGUUUGCAUGGGAACCCCACUGAAAUUAUGUAGUGCUGUGGUCUCCAAAUAAAACCUGUUCUUGCCACAGUUCCGUACUCUUUUUUUGA